GUCAGAUCUUGCCAUCCUCAGCUGCAGUUGCCCGAGGAAUAGUGAUCAGUUGUUAAAAUGGCCAUCGGUGAUUAUCCAGUAGAAUACAAUCCGAAGGUUCACGGACCCUAUGAUCCGGCCCGUUUCUACGGCAAGCCCGAUACUCCGUUCGGUCAAGUAAAAUUGGCAGAGCUGGGCUCAUGGUUUGGACGUCGCGAUAAGAACCCACGAGCCCUGGCCGGAGUUUUUAGCCGUGCCUUUUGGAGAUGGCAGCAUAAGUACAUGCAACCAAAGCGCACUGGCAUUGCGCCCUUCUUUCAGGUUAUCGUCGGAGGAAUGGUGUUCUUCUACACUAUUAACUAUGGCAAAUUGAAGCACCACCGAAACUACAAGUAUCAUUAAACGAUUCGAGGUUCGUUUCCAUACCAUCUCGCAGCAUAAUGAACACAUUACGCCACCAUCGAUGUGCUGGUGCUAGCUGAGUAACGAAAUAGUGAGUCCGGGUCUAGUGGAAAUAAACGAAGAUGGAAGAAAAUUAUGUAACACGUUUAACGAAAUAAAAACGCCAUUUGACAGAUCGGUGAAAAGAACGGUGUUUAAUGA